GCAGUUUGAAUCAUGUAAGGGUCUGACGUUCGUUUAAACUCACCGAAGUUUCGUUAGUGUAUUGUUAGUGUAAAGUGAUAAGUUUUCAAACAAAAGCGAAAAAACUCAAGCAUGUCCGAAACUAAUAAACUUGAUAAUCUGAAAUCUUUGGAUGAAAUUAUAUAUCCCGAAAUCGAACCUGGCAUCAUCAGUAAGCAAAUGAUUGACAAAGCUUACCUGGAGGAUGGUAAGCAAGGAGAAGCUGCACGUCUACAUCAAAUGGAGCCGGUAGUGUAUGAACGUAUCUUUGUGCUCAGGCUGGAGUUUAAAAAUAUUCUACGCAUAGAUCACUUGUGGAUCAUGCCAAAUUUAACGAAGCUUUCGUUAAAUUGUAAUAAAAUCGAAGUUAUUGAACACAUCGAUAUGUUGAUUGCACUGAAAGAACUCGAUUUGAGCUUCAACUAUAUCGAACGUAUUGAAAAUAUUGAAAAACUCGUUAAUCUCGAAGUGCUCUCACUUUUCAAUAAUCACAUCACGCAUAUACAAAAUUUAGAUACUUUGGAGAAGCUGGUGAUACUGAGUUUGGGCAACAAUAAAAUCAAAACAACCGUGGGGAUUGAAAGAUUUCGAUUUCUGAAAGACCUGCGCGUGCUCAAUCUGGAAGGUAAUCCCAUAGCAAAAGAAGCCAACUUUCAAAUGGAUCUUUAUGUGGCAGCUGUGCUACCAGGAGUUAAAUAUUACGAAUAUAAAACGAUUUCCGAAGAGAUGCGACACAAAGGUCGGGAACGAUAUUAUCGAGAACUGCGCGAAAUUGAAGCUAAUGAGGAGAAGGAAAUAAUAGCCCGCGCCGCUAAGGCCAAAGAAGAAUACGAUGAAAAGCGUUUGGCUUCCAGUUUUGUAGAAUAUCUCAACGAACACCAAUUGUACGAAUCCUUGUGGAAAGGUGAUGAAGACGGUUAUGCACUGCUCAAAAUCGGCCAGCCUGCCACUGACUUAGCCGAGGAGUAUGACAACGACAUCUACGAUGUAACGCAAGAGAUUUAUAAGUAUGGCUUGGAACGCUACGAAGAACGUGAAUUAGAAAUUAAUGAGUUCAAAGAGAAUUUGGAAGAAGGGCAACUACAGAUACAACAAAUGGGUCAGGAUGUAAUCGAAGACUUUCUACGUCAUAAGGAACGUAUUUUUGAGCGAGCAACAGCAGUACUAAAAGCGUUGGAACUGCGUACACUACACGGUGAGGAUGAAGAGUCACCCGAAAGCUUAGAACUGAUCGACCAAUUUGAUAAAAUUACAAUGCAGUUUGAUGAUAUUAUCAAUGAAGUAUGGCAACAGCUCAUGAGUCAGGAACUGCAUUUGCACGAGAGCAUAGAGGAGUCCACCGUUAAUUUUCAACGACGCAUACAAGAGAUGAUGGCUAAAUUUGUGGAGCAAGUGCAAACAUAUUUCGGACAAUUGCGUGACAUUGCUAUACACUUCUCGGAGAAUAUGACCGAAGUGGCCACACAUUACAUCAACACCAAGUUGGCACUGCAAGAUUUCGAAGAUGUACCGCCAGAACUGCUACAUUGCAUGGAGGAUCGUGAAGCCAUACUAAAUUUGAUCGCCGGUAUGAAAGAUGCACACAUACAGCGCAUUGAUGAGCGCGAAGAUCGUUUGAUGGUACGAAGCAGAGAUUUCAUAGAAAAUAUGAUCGAUGAAUUAAACAAUGACGAGUUGGAGCGCAACAGAGCUAAAAUUCUUGAAAUCAAUUCCUUUCUCGAAUUAAUGUCGGAUUCCUUGGCAUCACUACACACUGAAAUUCGCGAGGCAAUAAUGAAUGAGGAAGGGUAA